GGAGGGCCCAGGAGCUGGGCCUCCCCUCUUUCACAGAUGCAGCUCCACUCCAGGGGAGGGGCGGGGUGGAGGGCACGCCAUCGCUGGCCCGUUGCCGGGGUGACCGGGCCACGGGCAUUGUGAGCAGCUCCUCUUAUGGGAUUACGGCUGUUCCGCAUUCUUGUCUGAUGGGCGAACACAGGCCUCCAGGGCCCACUGUCCCCUUAAGCCGGAAGCCAUUGUCUGCCUCCAGAGCCCUGUGAAAGGGUGGAUUAGAGGGCCCUCCCCUCCAGCAGUGGUUUCCUUUUUUCUGUCUCCCUUUGAAUCUUGAGGGGAGGCAAACCCUCCUGGGAAAUAGAAUGAGGAGCUGUUUACCUCAGUCUGUGUUUUCUGAUUUCUCAUAACUUGCCAGUCUCCCAUGAAGAGGAAGUCUUGUGUUUACCAUCCCUGUCCUUGGACAGGACUUGCCAGGAACUGACUGGACCUGUGACAGCCCCCCCAGUUCCCCAUCCUAGCACCUGCUGCCAACAUUGCAGGCUCUGAGGCCUCGUGGCAUUUGUAUGGCUCAUAAGAAACCACCUCAGAUAUCUUGGUCCAACCUCUUCAUUUCACAGAAAAGAAAAACAGGCUCCGAGAGGGGGUGGGACCUGCUCACACAGACAGUGGGUUGGGGGGGGGUCCAACAAGAGCCCAGGUCUCCUGACUCCCCACACGGGCUCCUGGCCCUGCUUGCUGUUGCUUAAUGUCCUCUUUCAGUGCCUUCCCCUCACCCUCCCAACCCCCACAUUGCUGGUCCACUGUCUGGUAGCUGCCCCCUGAGUGGGAUGGAGCAGAGAAAGAGACUGUGACUCCUCCGUCAAAGAGAGUUGCUUGAACUGCGUUUUGGCAGUUCUUCUCCAUUUCCUCUUGCUUCACCCCACCCUUCCUGAGCCCACGACACAUACCAGCUAGAAGGUUUAGACACAUACCAGCUAGAAGGUUUAAUCCUUAUAUGGUGUUUUUCACCUUUACAGAUGAAGGUUACAAGGCCCAUAGGAUUCUGUUUAACUAUCUAGUUGUUUGUUUUGGGGGAAGGGACAUUCCUUACCUAGACUGAAGAGACUGGUUAUUUAUAGCAAGGUGGCCAUCAAGUCAAUCCGGAAAGACAGAAUCAAAGAUGAGCAAGACCUGAUGCACAUACGGCGAGAGAUUGAGAUCAUGUCCUCACUCAACCACCCCCACAUCAUUGCCAUCCAUGAAGUGUUUGAGAACAGCAGCAAAAUCGUGAUCGUCAUGGAAUACGCCAGCCAGGGCGACCUGUACGACUACAUCAGUGAGCGGCAGCGGCUCAGUGAGCCUGACGCCCGGCACUUUUUCCGGCAGAUCGUCUCCGCCGUGUCCUACUGCCACCAAAACGGGGUCGUCCACCGAGAUCUCAAGCUGGAGAACAUCCUGUUAGAUGCCAAUGGAAACAUCAAGAUUGCUGACUUUGGCCUUUCCAACCAAUACCACCAAGACAAGUUCCUGCAGACAUUCUGUGGGAGCCCCCUCUAUGCCUCGCCGGAGAUCGUCAACGGGAAGCCCUACACAGGCCCAGAGGUGGACAGCUGGUCCCUGGGUGUUCUCCUCUACAUCCUGGUGCAUGGCACCAUGCCCUUUGACGGGAACGACCAUAAGACCCUGGUGAAGCAGAUCAGCAAUGGAGCCUACCGGGAGCCACCUAAACCCUCCGAUGCCUGCGGCUUGAUCCGGUGGCUAUUAAUGGUGAACCCCACCCGCCGGGCCACCCUGGAGGAUGUGGCCAGUCACUGGUGGGUCAACUGGGGCUACACUACCCGUGUUGGGGAGCAGGACACCCUGAAGGAGAGCGGGCACCCCAGCACCGACUCUGCCCGGACCUCCAUGGCUGACUGGCUCCGCCGCUCUUCCCGGCCCCUGCUGGAGAACGGGGCCAAAGUGUGCAGCUUCUUCAAGCAGCAUGUGCCUGGAGGCGGGGCCACCGCCCCAGGCCUGGAGCGCCAGCAUUCACUCAAGAAGUCCCGCAAGGAGAAUUACGUGGCCCCAUCUCUGCAGGGGGACCCAGCUGAUGACACCGCCCCUCGCCCUGGCAAAGGUGUCCUCAAGCUACCUAAGGGCAUUCUCAAGAAGAAGGCCCUGAGCUCUGAGGAGGGGCUGAGGGAGGGGCCCUGUGAGCUCGGCCCGGCCCCCGCCAGCCCCGGGCAGGUCACCGCCCUGCUGCCCAGGAAGGGCAUCCUCAAGAAGUCUCGGCAGCGAGAGUCUGGCUACUACUCCUCACCUGAACCCAGCGAGUCCGGGGAGCUGCUGGACGCAGGGGACGUGUUUGUGGGCGGCGACCCUGUGGAGCAGAAGCCCCCCCAGGCCUCAGGGCUGCUCCUCCAUCGCAAGGGCAUCCUCAAACACAAUGGCAAGUUUUCCUGCACAGCAUCCCAGCUCACAGCCCCUGCCGCCUUCGGCUCCUUGGAUGAACUGGCCUUGCCGCCCUCUCUGGCCCGGCCCAGCCGCCCCUCGGGGGCUGUGAGUGAGGACAGCAUCCUGUCCUCCGAGUCCUUUGACCAGCUGGACUUGCCUGAACGGCUCCCGGAGCCCCCGCUGCGGGGCUGUGUGUCUGUGGACGACCUCAUGGGGCUUGAGGUGUCCCCCUCAGAGGGCCGUGGAAGCCGCCUGAGGCACUGGCGGCAGGACUCCCUGGCGGACAGCUGCUUUUCCCUGACAGACUGCCAGGAGGUGACUGAGGCCUACCGACAGGCACGAGGGAUCUGCUCCCAGCUCAGCUGAGGGUAGGCGAGUGGCCCUACCUGGGCAGGCUCUAAAAUACAGCUGGCUGCACCCCAAGGGGAGAGUACCUUCUCCUCGGCUCAAGGACCCAGCCCGAAAGGCUGCGAGGGUUUGCAGUGGAGCCCUGGGGAGGGCUGAAUGUGGGAACUGGGUCGGUCAAGUGCCUUGAGGGUUCAAUGUCUUCAGCCCUGUCAGACCAAGAAGAAUCUAGGAAAGAAGAGUAGAGAAGUAGAGGGAAAUGGGGAGGCCCCUGGUGGAGUCCAGGUGGCCUGCCCCUUGUAGGCGGGUGUUGCAGAGAUGGGGAAAGAGCUCCCCAUCAGUGCCUAUCUCCUCUAGGGCAAUGAGGAACAUUUGUGCAUGGUGUCUACCCACUCCCCCACCCCACCCAACCAAGGGCAGCUGCUUUCCUCCUCAUCCUCGGCACAGUGGGGUGGAAAGUCCUCACACACACUCUCUCAUCUCCACCAGCCAUGGAGCUGGACUCUAGUACCCCCUAGCAUGCCUGGGGCUUCCCAGCAUUCUGGAGUUGUCUCCAGGAGUGAACCCUAUUUCUCCUAGGAGUAAGUGAACACAACCUCUCUUUCCUCAAAGGGUCUCCCCCAGUUUCCCAUCCUCCCAACCUGGCCCAGGCCUCCUGGGGUUGCUGCUAUGAAUCCAAAAGACUUGAAAAGGCUCAGGCUGCUGCAUGGACUUCAUCUCAAGGGACCUAGACUCCUCUGGGCCCCAUCUUGGACCUCAAAGACUCCCGCCUCCUGCUGCCAAGCCGCUCCUGAUGCUGAGAAUGGACGCCUCUGCUUCUCUGGGCUUUCAGCACCCUAGAAUGUCCUUACUGAUUUUUAUGUUCUCAGCUCUGUGUUUUUAAAAAAAGGAAUCUGGCUGUUUUCAAUAAUGUUCUGUUCUGUUCUGGGGAAAUGCACUCUGUCAUGGUUGGUGAGCAGAGACUCUGUCUAUGGGAUGGUCCCGUGGCCAGAAAGAACCACGCCAGUAAAGACAGAAGGGUGAUUGGAAACAGCCUGGGUGGUUCUGUCUGGGGGUGGGGCCGCAGGUCUUUGAGCCCCCUCCUACCAUACACUCCCCUGGGCUGUCGGGAGUGGAAAUAGAGAACGGGCUGGAUCAAAACAGAACAAAAAACCUCUGAGCUCCCCGUUACGCCUUCCUCAGCAGUUCUGGCCAGGACCCAUUAAGCAGACAGGUGGAAAGGACUGGGCCGGGGGUCCCAAUUUGCUGUUCUUUGACACUAAAG